UGCUCCCACUGCGUGCGUGUAUAUAAGGCAGUUACCCCCUCAACCAAAUCAUCACAAGCUAGACACUUGGCUGCAUCUCAUCAGCUUUGCCUGAAACACGAGCAUUCCCCCCAUCCAGUUCCUGUUUCUCCUUCAUAGGCAUCUAGCAAUCGAGGAGCAAGCAAUGAAGCAAAAGAUUGUCAUCCAGUUGAGCAUGUCGUGCGACAAACGCCGGUCCAAAGCACUGACGCUUGCCGCGAGAGCUGCCGGGGUGACGUCCAUGGGGAUAACCGGCGACGCGAGGGACCAGCUGGAGGUGGUCGGCGACGGCGUCGACUCGGUGUGCCUCGUCAGCUGCCUCCGCAAGAAGCUCGGCCACGCCCAAAUCAUCAAGGUGGAGGAAGUGAAGAAGCCGGAGGAGAAGAAGAAGGAUGAGCCGAAGCCAGAGCCCGUGCACCCGCCGCCCUACUUCUUCUACCCGCCCAGCUGCUCCUACUACCCCCACCAGUACCCGCUCUACUUCUGACCAUGUAACUGCCGGACCAUGCAUGUA